AUGGAGGCUAAGGAUGGCACUGCGUACCAGAAUGUUCGGGAGAUAUAUGCUGAUGUUAGACUGGUUUUUAAGAAUGCAAUGAAAUAUAAUGAUGAAAGAGAUGAUGUCCAUGUGAUGGCCAGAACUUUGUUAGAAAAAUUUGAAGAAAAAUGGCUUCAACUUCUGCCUAAAGUUGCUGAAGAGGAGAAAAGACGAGAAAAGGAGGAAGCAACAACUCAGUUGGCUACGAAACUAUCUGAGGAGGCUUCUCAUGCUAACAUGGCUCAGGAUUUAAGCAAUGAACUUUAUGAAAUUGAUAAGCAAUUGGAGAGACUCAGAGAAAUGGUGGUUUGCAACAGCAGAAAGAUAUCCACUGAAGAGAAGACAAAACUCGGGACAGCACUCACUCAAUUAUCUCAUCAAGAUCUGAUUAGGGCACUGGAAAUAGUUGCUGAGCAUAAUCCAAGCUUCCAAGCAACAGCUCAAGAAGUGAACCUUGACAUGGAUGCUCAGACUGAUGUGACAUUAUGGAGGUUAAAGGUUUUUGUGCAAGAUGCACUAAAAGUUACAGGCAGGAAUUCUGGGGGCAUGCACAUGAGGGGCAACGACAAUAUUUGCAAUGAUAACAACAAGGCCAAGAUCAACGUCAACAACAAGAACAGGAAUACCUUUGCAUCCAAAAGGAAAGGAGAGAGCUGUGAUGCUGUGACCAAGACAUCUGCCAAGAGGACUAAGAAGAUCUCUCUUAAUUCCCUUAAUGCAUAG